AUGUCUGCCAAUCGAAGAAAAUCGGUCAUCAAUCUCAAUGCCCCGAGGACGGAGAACACACAAAUAUCCUCUGCCGCGGAGCUCGAGCGCCUAGAACAAGAAACCACGUUGGUGCUCCAGGAGAUUGACCACAACCUAUCACGAGCCAAUGCGAUCAUAAAUGACAAAAUGUUUCCCGUGCUAAAAAAGUACGCUGCUGCUACAGGUAAGAUGUGGGAAAGCGUCGGGUUUUGGAAAUCGUUCAUGGAAGAAGCUGCAGAUAUAGAGAUCGAGGCCCAAAACGAUAAACUCCCCCCACAAACAAUCGCUCCCACGCAAGCUCCACAGGCAUUGCAUUCGCCGGAAACAAAUCACGAAAAGGUGUACGAUCACGGAGGGGACGGAUCUACAAGCCGCGAUGACGAACCAAAUACUUCAACACCAAACAAGAAGGCCUCUGCGAGUACACUUCUACCGUCUGAACACCUUGCCGCAUCCGCUGGCCGGAAUGCGAACCCCUUGCGUCUUGUUGUCUCUCCGCGUAAGCAUACGCCGACAAGAUCGGAGAGACGUGUGUCUAUCCUCACCAACUUCAUGGAUUCGUCACCUCCAUUGCCAGAACGGCCGAUUCUAUUGAGUGAUGCAGGACGACAAGCUAGUCACAGCAGCUCAUUUAUAGGGCGUGCAGCUCGGGAAAAUACCCCAUCUCAGGAUGACAGCGAUGAGCUGAAUUCAAAUCUAGUUCGUCUUUCGCCCAUCGCUCUAGGCGACAUCGCAUCAACCCCACGGGAAGCCUCCCGCAAAAGAUCUGCUGAGGACGACUUGAACCUCGCCAAAGACCCAACUCCUCCCAUUUUGCAUUCAGUGCAAAGGACCAACAAAAGACUGGCGCACGGUGAGACUAGGCAACUGCGUUAUAGUGACCAGCACAGAGAUCUCAUAGACAAUAUCAACGAUCCAAAUGGGCAGUUCCAUAUGUCUCCGCCAAGGAUGACCUCAGCACUACUGAAUCAACUGCACAAAGCAAACGCAUCUGAGGUUGCCCAAAAUCAGAAUACAGAACCUAGAGAUCUCAACCUACGCGAGUACAAUUCUGCAGACAUAAGUGGAUCUCCAGUGCGGCGAAAUGUGCUGAUGCAUGAAUUCGAAAGUGAUACAAAUGUGUUCACCGUGGACAAUAAAACCGCCACUGGUAUGACGGAGGCUACAACAACUGAGUUCCAUACCGUUGUUGAAGGCGAGCAGGGCGUCAGCGCCGCUCAAAAUGCUCGUGCAUUGUCACGUUCGUUUUCGCAGAUGAUCGAAGAUGUCUUAGAUGACCCAGGUGGAAAUCGGACACAAUAA